CCGCUCGGCAUUGGCCCGGCCCGACUCUGAUGACGAGGCUUUUUCUUUUGUGCCGGGAGCCUCGGCGCUCGACCUUUGCCAGACUAUAAAAGCUGGCCUGGAGCGAGGGGGGAGACCAGCUUGAGCCAGCCUGCCUCACGCGACACCGCAGGACAGACCCGACCCAGACUCUCCUGAAGCCCCCCCGCCAUGUCUCAGACCGCCAAGUCUGCCUCCAGCCAGGGCGCUGACCCCAAAGACAAGGGAAUCCCCGCCCCCGCCGCCUCCAGCAAGGCCACCAAGACGGGCGAGCCCGGCUUGGGAUCCUUCAGAAUCAUGCUGUUCGACCAGGAGAACUUCCAGGGCAGGAUGUUGGAGCUCCAGGGCGAGUGCGUGAACGUGUGCGAGCGAGGAUUGGACCGAGUCAGGAGUCUCAUCGUGGACAGUGGCCCCUUUGUUGCUUUUGAGCAGACCAACCUCCGUGGGGAGAUGUUCAUCCUGGAGAAGGGGGAGUAUCCUCGCUGGGACACCUGGAGCAACUCCUACCGCAGUGACUGCCUCGUGUCCCUCAGGCCCAUCCGCAUGGACAGCUUGGAGCACAAGAUCUGCCUACACGAGCUGUCUGACUUCAAGGGCAACAAGAUGGAGAUCCAGGAGGACGACGUUCCCACCCUGUGGGCGCACGGCUUCUGUGACCGAGUGGGCAGCGUGAGGGUGCCAGGAGGAGCGUGGGUGGGCUACCAGUACCCGGGCUACAGAGGCUACCAGUACCUGUUUGAGUGCGGCGACUUCCGGCACUACAACGACUUCUCGGCCAUGCAGCCUCAGAUCCAGUCCGUGCGUCGCAUCAGAGACAUGCAGUUCCACCAGAGAGGAUGCUUCACCUUCACCUCCGCCAGCAAGUGAGCGACACCUGCUGGCCACGCGGUGCAACUUUUUACUCCUCCACUGACUCCUUUCUCCCCCAUUCGGGAGAGAUUCCUGACUUUUUAUGGUGCUAACUAAUAAAACACAUUGUGGAAAACAA